AAUUCUAUUUUCAAUAUUCAAAUUUUACUUCUUUCUUUCACAAUUGUUAACUUUUAUCUUACAAAUGGCAAUAGGAUCAACAAACACCUCGAGUUUUAAAGCUGUAUUGCAUUGAAUAUAUAUUCUAAAUCUAUUUUCUUUGCUAAUGUGAUAAUCUAGCUCUUCUGACAUGGUCGUACUCUCAUUAUCACUGUUGUAGAGACUAAAGAAGUAUUUUAUUUACAAGGCCUGUUAGUAAUUCCUGAUAACAGAAAACUUGGACCUCUAGAAAAGAAAACUUGAAAGUCAAGUUAUUGUCCAAAACAAACAUGGCGUUGACGCCUCGUGCAGCAGAAAUUAUAAAAACAGAACAAUGGUACUGUUAAUUUGAUCAAACCGCAAAAACAUUUGUAUAGACAUGCCAAAAAACAGAGAACUAUAAUUUGAACCAAUCUUCAAAGAUUAUGAAUUGCAGGAGAAAUAUCGUCAAACUACAACUAGUAAACCUUAUCUGAAAUGGAGUGUGUGCUUUUGAGGUGCUAAAUGCUGAACGUUCUUGCAAAGUUUGAUAUUCUGGAAUACUUUCAGCGUAAAACAGUUUUUUGCUUUCAAGAAAAAAAAUUGGUACAGGACGAAAUUUCUGCAUUCAAGGGUGCAAAAAUAUCCACUCAACCUCCCAACGAACUGAGGCGGAAACAUUAAUUCUAAACUUCAAAAACUACUGCAAAAAUGUUAGUCUUUUCUUUUAAGAUAUUCUUUUAGCUUAUCAUUGCAUACAACUUUCUAUAACUUUAUUGGCUAGCUUGUUGUAUAUUUUGUUAGUAUGAUUUUGGUUACAGGUCUAAAGGUGAUUUCAAAGUCUUUGUAUGAAUGACAAACCUUAACAUAUUUUUCCCCCUUAUUUCAUUGACAAGCACGAUAUUUACACUUCUCGUCACGAGCAAUCAUAACCUUCUAUUUAACAUAUUCAAGAGUAGGUUUUAAAGAUCUGUUAUCUGACCUAAGAAACCGGUGCCAAUGGAAACGAUGACGUCCUUUUUCCGUUUCUAUUUCAAACAUUUUAGCUGAUCCUUAUUACAUAAAGUAAUGAUUACAAAGAGUUUUGUUGGGAAAUAUUCCACGUGCAUAAAUUAUCAUUUCAUCAUUAAUAAAAGAUUACAAAAGUUGUUGUUACUCUUUUUAUAAUCUUUUUGUAACGGCUAUUAAGCGUUAUGAUCUUCGGUCUUCAAAUUAAGCACAUGCGUGGAAAACAUAUUUCAGUAAUUAAUAACCUUUGCCAUCGACAUGUCUAGCAUGAUCUAUCAUUUGGUAUUACACAGUCUAUGUAACUGAGCUUGUUCAUCUUUGUCAAUGAUGCUGCAAUUUAUAACAAAACUGAGUCUUAUUCUAAUGCUUUUCAUGCAGCUGAAGAUCUCGCUCUGCGGUAAAGUUUUCGAUGCAAUUUUCCUGAGAGAGAAAAUUUCAAAAGCAACGUUGAAAUCACAGUUGAUGGGAAAUUUUUCGUUUUCCAGUGAGAUAACAUGUAGCUUAAAGUGCCAAAAUAAACAGAGCUGCAGUAGUGCCAUCGUUGAUAUUUUGGAAAAUCGCUGCCUGUUGCUUACGAGUUCCCUGACAAUCAAUGAAAAAUACUGUACAGAAACCAAAGAUGAACAUACAAAGAUGAUCUUUCUUCGUGAAAAGAAUCUCCCGUGUGGGGAAGAAGGGUGCAAGAAUGGAGGUCGAUGCUUGGCAGUGGGUGAAAUCAUUUCUUGUCAUUGCCUUGGUGGAUGGACUGGAAGUCACUGUGAAAUUAAAGUGACUGGCAUCAGCUGCCUUGACAUAAAAAGAAAGUUCAUUGGCUUAAAGCUAAUCAAUGGCAUUUACCAACUCCAGUGGAACGAAAGCAAUUCAUUUGAUGUUUACUGUGAUAUGAAUAGAGAUGGAGGGGGCUGGACAAGAGUGUUACACGUAGUAGCAAAUACUACAGAUCCAAAACUUGUCACCUAUCAGAGCUACGACUCCAUUCAAAGCGCGGGAACACAAGGAAAUUAUUAUGUAACGAGACUUGGCUUGAAGCUUCUGAAGAGCAGUAUAAAGUUUCAACAGUUUUUCUUUUACUGCAAGAACAAUAUAGAGAACAAAGUUGUGAGCUUCAAGUCCUUACAGAAUGCAACACAUGUUGUCAAAUACCUGACUGGUGAAGUAACAGAGCAGCCAAACGCAUGUGGAACAUUUGCAAGAUUUCAAGACGAUAAUUCGAUCCUGACAGCAAACUGCACGGAAAUUCACGAAGCCAAAUGGGGAUCAAAAUACAGUACAACUUAUGCUGAUCAUGCGUUAUUCAUCUUUGCUAAAAGACACUAUCUUCUAUCUACAACUGAGCGUAGAAGUGAAUGUGAUAAUUACUUCCCAUCAGCUAUAGACAAGAACGAUACUUGGGAUGUAUUUGUCAGGUAAACCUGGCCAAUUGGACUCUGCUUUUGGAAAAAGAACGAACAUAGCUAUGCACUUUUCUUCUAACUAGCAUUACCUGUUCACAUUAUUUUGAGCUUGUAAAUAUCAGCACUAGAACUUAAAUAUAUAGUUCUGCAUUUUUCUUGAUAAUUUCGAUCACCGAAGAGGACCUUAGCGGCCCCCGAGUAUAGUACAGAAGAUUUUAGCAACAAUUGUUCACUUUUUGAUAAAAGCAUGAAACUUGGUGAAGAUACUCAUUUUGAUGUGGUGAAAAAGAUAGGAUAUGGAGGCAUCCUCAAAAAUUCACUUAACAUUUAGUAGAUGAUUGUGAAACUCGAAA